UCCUUCCAGAACUGGGCAGCUGGAAGCCUCUGGAUUUGGGGCUGAAGGAGAACGAAGGGAUAGGAGGGGGGUGUUGCUAAGGAAGCCCCUGGACUGGAGGGGGAUUUCUGCAGAGCCAGAAGAGCAAAGCUGGGCUGGGCAGACUUAGAAGAGCCUCCUGUUCCUGCUGCCAUCUCUGCUGGACUUGGCCCAAGUUGCUGGGCCCCUUCUUCCCGGGCGAUCUUCGUGGCUCCCUCCUUCCUGAGGCUGGACCUUCGCCUUCCCGGUCUCCCUCGGCCAAAGGGAGCCAUGGCCCUCGGGAACGGCUCCGGGCUUUCUGGGCCAGGGAAUGCCUCCCUCUUCCCCGCCAGGAACGGAUCAGUAGUGGAAAGGCCAACUCCGUACGCAAACGUGAUUAUGCCUAGUUUAUUUGGCAUCAUUUGUUUCCUUGGCAUAGUUGGGAACUUAGUUGUGAUCUAUACUAUUAUCAAGAAGAAGAAGCUGAGGUGCAAACAGACAGUGCCUGAUAUCUUCAUUUUCAACCUCUCCAUUGUGGACCUGCUCUUUCUGCUGGGCAUGCCCUUCCUCAUCCACCAGCUCCUUGGCAAUGGCGCUUGGUAUUUUGGGUCUCCUCUGUGCACCAUCAUCACUGCUCUAGAUAACAACAGCCAGAUCACCAGCACCAAUAUCCUGACUGUCAUGACUCUAGACCGUUAUCUGGCAACUGUCUACCCCCUCAAGUCGACUUACGUCCGGACGCCAUAUGUGGCAGCCUUGGUGAUAGGACUAGUUUGGCUCUUUUCUUUUCUUACUAUCAUCCCAGUGUGGAUGUAUGCAGGGCUGAUGCCUUUGGAGGAUGGGACUGUCCGGUGUGCUCUUCUGCUUCCUAAUCCAGAGACUGAUAUCUACUGGUUCACUAUUUACCAGUUCAUGCUUGCUUUUGCCAUCCCACUGUUCAUCAUUUGUGUGGUCUACUUUAAGAUCCUUCAGCAUAUGGCCACCACAGUAGUGCCCUUACCCCAGAGGAGUCUCCGGGUCCGCACCAAGAAGGUCACCCGGAUGGCCGUUGCCAUCUGCUCUGCCUUCUUUAUUUGCUGGGCCCCCUUCUACAUCCUGCAGCUAGUGCAUCUUGGGAUAGACACUCCUUCUGUUGCUUUCAUCUAUGCCUACAAUUUUGCCAUUAGCUUGGGCUAUGCCAAUAGUUGCCUCAAUCCUUUCCUCUACAUUGCUCUGAGUGAGACCUUCAAGCGUCAGUUUAUGGUGGCCAUCCGUCCAGCCAAGGAGCAGUUUCGGGUCAAAAACAACCACCACAGCACAACAGAGGCCAGUGUGUGCUUGAAACUGGCACCAGAAUCCACCCAACAGACUCAGUUUUUGGAGGAAUUUUCUCCCCAGGCUUUGCCUGUGGCAGUUGCUGUUCAUUAGCUGGUGUUCCUGCAGGUUUGGUAGUCCUGCUGUUACAUGACCAUGAAGUAUUUUCCUUACACAAAAUCUCACUGUAGCAUGAGCCAACCAAGACUCCUGUUAGGCAAUGUGAGGUGUCAAUGGAGGCCAAAGAUACAUGUUUUGCAAUUGCUUCUUCUAAGACAGGAUGAGAGGUGGAAAGCAUUGCUGAAUAUACAGGGAAUCCAAGAAUGCAGCACAGUUUACAAGAAACCUAAAGCUGAGCCAUCAGAAGUCAUGAUGAUUCAGCUGCUCUCCCAAAGACAUGCGCACUAUCAAAACAACCAGCAGAUAAACGGACAUGAAAGGGAUGGGAAAACUUGGAAAGGCAACUUAGUGGCUUCCACUGAGCAAAACAAUUUCCCUCUAAAGCAGAAUAACAUGCCUGCUGCAAUGGAACACCUCUGCCAAUGGGCAUUAUCAGGAGAUGAGCCAAAACAUAUGCUUGGGGAAAAAACCUGUGACUUAAUUAGGGACAAGGACAUAACAAAAGGCAUACAGGACUAGAGAAACAGCAUCAGUAGUUUUCUAGAGUUACAUACUGAAUCAUUUAUGGCAAGCUUCCAGUUAAUUACAUCUCUAGGACUCUUUCCAACUUCUGAUCAGGGGUGUAUCUACACUGUAGAAACAAUGUUGUGUAACAC